UGCCAGGGACGGUGGGGGAAGGCGCGCGGCGCCGCCAUGGCGGGAGGGACGAACGCGGCCCCCGCGUGGCGCCUCCUGGUGGCAAUGCUGCUGCUACCGCCGCUGCUGGGCCGCGCAAGUACCGGGGUUGCCAUGGACACCGGGGUUGCUGUAGAGACCAGGGGGCAUGCAGUCACGCCAGGGGCCGUGAUCCCGCUGCAGGAAGGCCGCCCCCACCACAACAACGUCUCCCACCAGUUCUGCUUCAACAAUGUGCUACCCCCCACCUGGCGUGACAUCUGGACCCGCAUGCAGAUCCGUGUCAACAGCACCAGGACACUGCGGGUGACACAGGCAGACAGUGAGGCAGACCUGCGGGAGCUGGAGCAAUUCAGCGUCUGGAACCUGCUCUCCUCCCUCCUCAGGGAGAAGAUAAAUGACACCUAUAUUGGUCUGGACCUCUACAGCCCCCAGACCUGCCUGCGUGUGGAGCUGCCUGAGCCAGACACCACCUACAGUGUCAUCGUGCUGCGCUGGUUCGACCCCAAGCUCUUUCUAGUUUUCUUCCUGGGGCUGCUGCUGUUUUUCUGCGGGGAUGUGCUGAGCAGGAGCCAGCUCUUCUAUUACUCGGCUGGGAUUAGCGUGGGCCUGCUGGCCUCCCUCCUCAUCAUCAUCUAUGUGGUGUCACGGGUGAUGCCAAAGAAAAGCCCCAUUUACCUCCUGCUCGUGGGCGGCUGGUCCUUCUCGCUCUACCUCAUCCAGCUGGUCUUCAAGAAUCUGCAGGAGAUCGGCAGGGGCUACUGGCAGUACCUCCUGGGCUACCUGCUGCUGGUGGGCUUGGGCAGCUUCGCUGUGUGCUACCGCUAUGGGCCGCUGGAGGACGAGCGCAGCAUCCGCCUCCUGGCCUGGGCCCUGCAGCUCUUGGGGCUGCUGCUCAUGUACGCAGGCAUCCAGAUCCGCCCCAUGGCCCUGGUCUUCGUAGCCACCGCUGUGGGCACCAAGUACCUGGAGUACCCACUGCAGUGGGGCUAUGCCGCCUACCGGAUGGCGCGGAGGGCCACAACAAAGCCCAGCCCACCGCGCCUGCUGACGGAGGAGGAGUACCGGGCUCAGGGCGAAGCCGAGACGCGCCGGGCCCUGGAGGAGCUGCGCAGCUACUGCAGCAGCCCCGACUUCUCUGCGUGGACUGUUGUCUCCCGCAUCCAGUCCCCAAAGAGGUUUGCAGACUUUGUGGGCGGCGCCUCCCACCUAACCCCCAACGAGGUGUCGGUGCACGAGCAGGAGUAUGGCCUGGGCGGCUCCUACCUGGAGGGACAGCUCUUCGAGGAGGAUGACGAGGCUGAGGACACCCCAGUGCCCCCCACCCCCCGUGCCUAUCUGUUCCUCGAGUGAGGGGGGGCACCAGCCAUGGCCCCUCUGGCUCUAAUCCCUGCAGGCCUUGGGGCUGGACUGUGUGGGGCUGGGAAGGGGGCAGGUCUGCGGGGGCUUUUGGGGCAUGUGCUCAGUCUUGAUGUCCCCUGUGGCCCCGUGCCCCCAGCUAGUGGCCUUAGUGGAGAAGCUGAGACAAUCUGAUGGGCCUCGGGCCCUGUCCCCCGCCCCCCCCAGCCUGGCUGCUGGGGCUGAGGCUUGUGGGUGGGGGCUAGCCCUCACUCCGGGCAGGGCAGGGGCUCUGCACCAGGACCCCAGGGAGGAGGGGAACGCAGGGCCCUGUCUCCAGGGAGAUGGACAUUCAUUUCCAGGAGCAGAACUCAGGCCCUGUGCACCCACCGUUGGCGUGAUCAGCAGGCAACUUCUGAGAAGCCGUGUGCGUGCGUGCGAGAGAUGGACAUGGGUGUGUGUGUGCGUGUGCAAGGGAUGGGUGUGGGCAGCUCCUGCUCAUGCUAACACUUACCAAAGACUUGUGGGCUCACCCAGGGCAGGCCUGAGAAGCCUGCAAUUGUGUGUGACAACCGUGUCCAGCCUGCCCUGGGCCACGAAUCUUCCAGGGGGCCCCAGCCAUUCACACUGCCUCCGUCCUCAUCAGGGCAGGAGCCUAAACCCUCUGGGCCCCUGGUUCUGGCCUGCCAGGGGUUCGUGAUUGGGGCUGGAGGGCAUUGCCCCCUCGCAGGCUAGCCUGGAGCAUCAUCCAUGCACCAAAGCUGGCUCUGGGUUCUGCCUGCCAUGUGAGUUCCCUCCCCAGAAGGCUUUGCCCUCCUGGUCCCAGCUGCCAGGACCUUCCCCUUGACAAACACAAUGCUAAUGCAACUGUGUAAGCAAUAGACUCAGCCAUAGCCCCUUCCCUUCCACCCUGUCCGGGCACCUGCCCUGGGGCCACGAGCCGGCAACCUAUGCAACUGCUCUGUUACUUGCUGCAGUGAGAAGCCGAAUGUCUGGCCAGGGGGCACGAGGGGGCUGGGCUGGGCUGUUCCCAGCUGCCUGCACUCCCCCAGCCCCUCCUGGCUACGUCUCAA